UCCUAUUGCGCAGCAGAGCAGGUUGCGCAGACGGCCGGCCCAUCGGAGUGAGCGGCUUCGUCUUCCUAGCGGAUGUUUAUCGCGGUCCCUCAUGUCUGGACUCCGUUUACAUUAUUCAUACGGGGGAGGGAGUGACUUCUUGGCCUUUUCCGCUCCUGUAUAAAAUGAGAAGUGCGCGUCAAAGAAAAUACAGAUGGAGAAGGCCAGCCAGCUCGCUGCGCCACCGAGAGCAAACUCCAACUGCGUCCACUCGUUGUGACAAACGCAAUCGGCACGUACCAUGCCCGCGCUCUGCCUGCUGUGUCUGACGGCCACUCUGGCCGUGCUCGCGCGAUCGGGUGUCGCUGCCGUGGGGCCGGUGGUCCGCUGCGAGCCGUGCGACGCCGCGGCGCUCCUGCAGUGCAAGCCUCUGCCCAAGGACUGCGCCGAGCGGCUGCGGGAGCCGGGAUGCGGCUGCUGCGUGACGUGCGCCCUCGGCCGAGGGCAGCCGUGCGGAGUGUACACGGCGCGCUGCGGCUCGGCACUCACCUGCCAGCAGCAGCUCGGGGAAAGCCGGCCGCUGCAAGCUCUGCUGGAGGGACGGGGGGUGUGCGCGAGCGCGCCGUCCAAAAAACUACACGCCAUCCUGGAUUCGGCGCAAAAACAAGACAGUGGGCGAAAUCAGGUCGAGGAAGGUCUUGCCAACAAGACGGUGACGUUGAGCACGUCGAGCGCGUCGCCCUCUUCGCCCGCUUCGCCGACUGUCAAAGGGGGGCCGAGCAGAGGCGCGAUGGACCCCAGGUCCCCCUUGCACAACAAGCUGAUAAAGAAAGAGCAGAACAGGAAGACUCACAGCUACAAAGUGGAGUCAGUGUCAGAGGGAGCCAAUAUGGACAUGCAGAACUUCUCCUUGGAGAACAAACGGGAGACCGCGUAUGGCCCAUGUCGACGGGAGAUGGAAAGCAUCCUCAACGGUCUCAAAAUCAGCAACCCGCUCAACCCAAGAGGCUUCCGCAUACCCAACUGUGACAGAAGAGGCUUCUAUAAGAAAAGACAGUGCCGUCCGUCCAAGGGCCGAAGGCGGGGAUACUGCUGGUGUGUGGACAAAUACGGACAGCCCCUGCCCGGCUAUGAUGAUCGUGACGACAAACAGUGUCACAACCGCGAGAGCCAAUGAAGGAAGCGAGGAAGCAAGAAAGGCAAAGAAAGAGAGGGGAAGGGGUGGAGCACCUGUCCGCCAAGCUGCCCAUCCAUCGCAACUACCUGUUCCAUGCCGAGUUCCUCUGUUGGUUCUCCAGAAAACGUUCAAGCUAAAAGGAAGAAAAUGUUGAAACGCCAAGAAUUUCACCAUGUGCACUAUUUUUGCUAGGAAGGGAGAGAAAUGAGGGAAUUUUCCACUCGCUUUUAAAGAACUUCUUUGGGACUGUGAGCCCCAAAAUGCAGCGUCUCCGUAUCAAUGUUCGUGCCAGCGCCAGUCUGCCGGCGCUCGUGUCCAAGUGGGAUCGCUUGCAUCUCGUCUAUGGCUGCAUGUUGCACAAGAAGUGUUUUCCCAAAAAGUGUUUGUGUCGAUACUAAGCGCUAUAUGGCUAAGCAAGUGCAGGCCUUGUACCAUUGGACGAAUCAAAACAAGUGUCUCAGGGUCGCUUCCGAAGAGCAGGACGAUGGCACGGCAGGGCAUCGUCUCCCUAUUUAGCACAACUUCACGACUGCAUCCAUCUCGCCGCUCAACUGCUUGUAGCAGGAUAGGAUCAGCUGCAGACCGCAUCGUGCCUUAAAAAUGUCCCCUUUACAUGCCUUACCGCCAUAGCAAAUCGAUCACCCUCAGCCGUACAUGUAAUUAGCAGCAAUUACAGCAAUCGAAAGAUAAUUAAAAAUCAACUUCUUGAAUUAAAACACCUCUUAUUGAAUUAAAGGACCUGUCUGAGCCAGUCGGAUCUACGAGUUCAUGUUCGGUCUACGGCAAAGUAUUAUAGCAGUGGUGGCAUCAGAAAAUAGCCCAAAGCUGAUGUUUGUCAUCGUAGAGGCAUCAGCAAUUCCGUGAUGAGCUUUUAUCACAGACGGACCGUUGUGGAAGGGAUCAGUCCACCCUCCUCCUCUCGUCUGUUGCCACCACCUGCUCCUGUCCGUCCACGAUCCUCCCGAUCCUGUCCUGGUUCUGCUUCUCGUUCUUGUCCAUCCUAGCGGCGCUGAGAUCCCAUCCUUUGGCCGUGUCUGUCCCAUUUGUUUGUUUUUUGUACGCGACUCGAAAACAAUAGCGCUCCUCACGUCCUGUCAGCGACUUGUUGAAACGUGUGAACCCGGUGGGAUCGGGUCACCCCGCCCGCCGCUGGUGCAGGCUACCCCUAUGCUACAAGCACAAGCACUUAAAGCACUUUAGCUGCACCUGUGCAAAUCACAAUUGGGCCUCUUUGCAUCUGCGUACGUUUCCUGACAGGCAGUGUAUGUUCAAUUUGUGUACUGUAAGUCAGGAACCGGCCAGGCUGGGGUUGCUAGGAAGAAGGAGAAAAAAACGGAAGCCGCACCAGGACUUUUGGCGGGUGAGCAUAGCGAAGGCCUUUAGAAAAUUCCCUUUCGUUGCAACUAUUUGCAUUUUGAUUGUUGUUGUGUUUCUUUGAUCAAAGCUUGCGCACAAAUGUACAAGGUGGAUGCAUGCGCUAGCAAAGAUCGACCCGAGCGGGAGGAGGCCCGCCGGUGUCUGAGGAUCUGGCGUCCCAGUAGCUCGCUAGCACUUGCUCAAAUUGAGAGACCCGAGCCCGGCGGUACUGCGAGACUUCUUGCGAGGGGAGGACAAGGAAUCAAGAUGUCAAAGCUAUUUCCUCCCUACAUGUGUCUUUUUGUAUUUUCUGGCCACUCGGCAAACAGUUCUUCCAAAUAUGAACUAUUUAUCUGAAAAGAUUUAUAAGCUGAUCCAAACUCGGUUUCUCGUGAAUUGCACAGCAAACUCAAAACGCGUUUUGGGGAAUGGAAUCACUACUUCAUGUUGACUUUGUAACAUCCAAUGUCUUCUCUUGCUCCUUUUAUCCACUGGCGACUUUUUCACAACGUUACGUCUGCCCACGCCGCCAUCUUGCCUCAAAGCCAGGUUGACACUCUUUUUUUUUUUUUAUUUUGACCUUUUUGCCCGCUGGCCAUGUUAAGGAUCUCUGUGCACAGUUUAAAUGUCAGCUUGAUCCUUCCAAGUUUAUUUUUGGAGCAUUUCUUGACACUAAACUAGAAACCUCACAUGUAUUGCAUUAUCCAAUCACGAAACCGGUUUGCUUUGAAAUAUCAUUUGUAUUUAAUGUUGUUGUGGGUUUUUUAAUAAAAGAUGAACACGUGAAAAUGA